AUGGCUUCAGUUGCAGCAGCUGAUCGGACAGUCUCGCCGACGGAGCUGCGACACUCCUUCUCCUUGGCCAUGUCGAAGAUCUACCAGGACGAAGUACCUCUCUAUUCCGACUUGCUCCGCCUCGUCUUCUCUGUGAAUGCGACUGUCCUCAGUACCCAGCCAUUAAUCAGCGAGAAGAUGCAGGCAACCAACCAGCUAGACAGGCUCCAUUACGAACGCCAUGGAGCCAUACGUCUCGGAACGGCUGAAGAGCUGGCCCUCAUGGCACGUUUCUUUGCCCUGAUGGGAAUGGAGCCAGUCGGAUAUUACGACCUGGCCCAACCGCCGGCCAAUCUGCCCAUUCACGCUACAUGCUUCUGCUGUCUGGACUUGGAAUCGCUGCUGCUGAACCCCUUCCGCAUGUUCGUCUCGCUACUGCGACCAGAGCUGAUCUCGUCACCCACUCUCCGAAGUAAGGCGCUAUCCAUUCUAUCGCGGCGGAAAAUAUUCUCAUCCCGCGCUCUGGAGCUCAUGGUCUCUGCCGAGAGCCGGGGUGGAUUACUCGAGAGCCAGGCCGAGGAGUUCGUUCACGAGGGCCUGAAGCCAUUUCGGUGGAGUGGAAAAGCCACGGUCUCGCAGGAGGAAUACAGGGAGCUGCAAGAAGAGAGUCCGCUUCUUGCCGAUAUCGUUGGCUUUCCUGGGCCACACAUCAACCACCUCACCCCGCGGACGCUGGACAUUGACGCAGUGCAAAGGGGCAUGGAAGAGAACCACAUCCCGAUGAAAGAUCUAAUCGAGGGACCGCCAGCCCGAAAGUGCGACAUUCUCCUCCGGCAGACCAGCUUCCAAGCGCUAGAAGAGAAGGUGUACUUUCCAGUUGUACAUACGGCCAAUGGCGAUACCGUUGACAUGGUGUUGGGCAGCCACACAGCUCGAUUUGGCGAGAUCGAGCAGCGGGGAGCUGCACUGACCGCCAAGGGCCGGCAGCUAUAUGACUCGUGCGUGACCAAGGCCUGGAUGCAGAAUGUCACGGCUGCCGACACGCAAGCGUAUGGGCAGAUAUUCGAGCCAAUCCCAGACUCUUGGGAAGAGUUAAGGACACAAAAACUCGCAUACUUUCGGUACUAUCCAGUUGUGGGCGCAACAAAAUCGGCAUCAGAUGGGGGACGGACUAUUGAGAAUCUUGUCCAGCAAGGGAAGGUCGCCUAUGAGCCACUAACAUACGAGGAAUUUUUGCCCUUGAGUGCAGCCGGGAUCUUCCAGAGUAAUCUGAAAAGGAAAGGCUCGUCAGGCAGUGAGGAUUCCGCCUCGACGGUGGACGACGGCGGAAUAGAGACGCUGCAGAUGGCCCUAGGAAAGGCAAUUAUAGACGAAUUUGGGACUUAUAAAAAGCUGCAGGAUGAGAGCCUGACGAUCUGCGGGGAGCUAUUCGGAGCCAGCAGUAUUUAG